AUGUUCCUCUUUAAAAGAGGCGGGAAUUGCGGCUCUGAGACGUGCAAUUAUGACACGUCAGAAGACUCUCUCAUAUUUGAUAAGGUCAGAGCAGAGAGAGUCCAGCUCUCAAUUACAGCCCAGGCGUAUGGGACGACAGUUGAAUCGGCCUUGAGGAGACGUCUGCACUCCAAUGUAAUAAAAUUACAAGACCUUGACUGGCAGAGAGAAGAGGUUAUACGUGACUCCAAGUCUUUAGAAAACGAGCUCGAGCAAACGGAAAGAAGUAUACAUGACACAAUUGAUCGUAGGAAAGUGGUGGAAGGAAGACUAGCUGGCAGGUCGUCACGUCCGUUGAAGGAGCAAACGGUUGAUCAAGUGAGCUACCAACUCCGUGCCGAAUUAGGAAAAUUGAGAAAAUUCACUAACGACUUGAGGAUUAACAGAGAGAAUAUCAUAUCAUUACAGAAUCAUCUCAGGAAUGGUUUGGAGCAUAUAGAAUGUUGUGCGGAGGACAUAAUGUAUGUGGUAAGGAUAGAUCAAGAUAGGUUGCAAGCUCGAUCUGUCCAUGAAAACAGAACCACAGACAAUUCCAUAAACACUGCGCCCAUAAAUCCAGCAUCUUACAACUCUGACAGACAAACAAACUUUACUUUAGAAGCUAUUAAAGAAGAAAGCGAAUAUGAUUUA